AAGAAAACAGAAGGCAGUCAGAGGCAGCUAACGCAAGCUAAUCAGAAACAGCAAUUAGACGCUUAUCGACGUAGGUCGAUAUAACGGUACAUUUCAAAACAUCCAGAAAUAGUGAUAGGUUAAGUACCAUUCGCCUUCUGACUUGGUACACAUUGCCAUUUAGACCACAUGUUGACAAGACUAAUUGACAUCGAUCAGCAGCUGAAGCAAGGCUUGGGCAGAAACUGGAAGCGACGGGCUUCUCUGCUCACGAGAAAAAGAAAGCAACUAACGUCUGCGUUAGCUGCAACACAGAACCAACAACCCAGUAUUGAUGUGUAUGGGAAUUUUUGCGAUAGACAUAUUGUAAAGAACCAUAUCCUGUAAGUGCUAGAGGCGCCCUUUGAGCAAGAAUCCCCACAUCUGUCGGAACGGAUCUACAUUGGAAGAGAGGAUGAACCACUUGUCUCUGAGCGAGCUGUGCUGCCUGUUCUGCUGUCCUCCGUGCCCGGGGAAGAUCGCCUCCAAGCUGGCCUUCCUGCCGCCCGAGCCCACCUACACACUCAUGGGGGACGAGAGCGGCAGUCGCUGGACACUACACCUCAGCGAGCGAGCUGACUGGCAGUACUCCUCCCGCGAGAAGGACGCCAUCGAGUGCUUCAUGACGCGCACCUCGCGCGGCAACCGCAUCGCCUGCAUGUUCGUGCGCUGCUCGCCGAGCGCGCGCUACACGCUGCUCUUCUCGCACGGCAACGCGGUGGACCUGGGCCAGAUGAGCAGCUUCUACAUCGGCCUGGGCUCGCGCAUCAACUGCAACGUCUUCUCCUACGACUACUCGGGCUACGGCGCCAGCUCCGGGAAACCCUCCGAGAAGAACCUGUACGCCGACGUGGACGCCGCCUGGCACGCGCUGCGCACACGGUACGGUAUUCGUCCGGAGAAUGUGAUUGUGUACGGCCAGAGUAUCGGCACGGUGCCCUCGGUGGACCUGGCAUCGCGCUACGAGAGCGCCGCCGUGGUCCUCCACUCCCCCCUCACCUCCGGCAUGCGCGUGGCCUUCCCCGACACCAAGAAGACAUACUGCUUCGACGCCUUCCCCAACAUUGACAAGAUCUCCAAGGUGACGUCUCCGGUGCUGGUGAUCCACGGUACGGAGGACGAGGUGAUCGACUUCUCCCACGGCCUGGCGCUGUACGAGCGCUGCCAGCGGCCCGUGGAGCCCCUGUGGGUGGAGGGCGCCGGCCACAACGACGUCGAGCUCUACGGCCAGUAUCUGGAGCGCCUCAAGCAGUUUGUGGCCCACGAGCUCGUCAACUUGUAAACAAACAAACAAACAAGCAUAAACGAAAACAAAACGAAUGAAUGAAUGAAUGAGUGAAUGAAUGAACGAAAAGGACUUAACUUCAGUUUGGGGACGACAACAGCUGGUCAACUUGUAAAACCCACACAUGCACACCCGUGCAUUUGCACACACGCAGACACAUCCAGUACACACACACACACACACACACACACACACACACACACACACACACACACACACACACACACACAUAUAUAUAAAGAAACGAACGAAAGGACUCUUCUUUGGCACAGAACUGCCAUCAUGAGCUGGUGAACUUGUAAACAAACAAAUGAAAAAAACAAACAAACAAACUAAAGGACUUGUCUUUGACUCCGUACCACCAACAUGGGCUCAGCUCUGCUCAGUGCAAGCAACUGUGAACUUCUUGACGCAUUGCUGUUUUUCUUCCCCUUUUUUGAUUUUCUUUUAAGUUGUUUUUUCUUUCUUUUUUUGUUAAAUAAAACAAUGAUUUGUAUGUUUUCUAUUGUAUCGUUGUUGCAAUGCACAUUGUUUUUUGUUUUUUUUGGUGUUUUCUAAGAUGUUUUUUUUUCUGUCCUUCCUUUGUUGUUUUUUUUUGCCAAGUGGCCUUCUUACUGCCUUUUGAGAGGGCUUGGUGACCCAUGGAAAACGACCUUUGGUGUCCACGGUAACGACCCCUUGACCUCAUCCUGGGAUGGCAUGUGCAGGUUGACCUUUCUGGAACCUUCCACCAGUCAGAGUCAGUGACCUGCAGUCCCAUGGCGAUGGAACCAGGAACCAUUUUGUCACGGAAACUGGUUCUUUUGUUUUCUCCUGCUCCUUUUUGUUCUCUCUCGGAUGUUUUUUUUGGUGUUCUAUCAUAAUUGAGUACUGUAAAUGGAACGUUAAACAUAAUGAAAUGGAACAACAGUAAAAAAAAAAAAAACAACAACAAAUAGCCGAAACUCUGACAUACAUGAUUGCUGUGCCAGUGUUGCCAAAUAUCUACAUAUCUAUGAAACGAUAUGUGAAAUAGAGUUGUCUCACUUUGUACGAACGCGUUUAUAGGACUAGAAAUCCUUUGUCUUUCUCUUAAAAUCUUUUACACCCAGGACUGUUCAUUCAUGGGCAAAUAUAUGUUUCGCUCGCAAAAAAACAAAAACAAAUGAGUGUCUUGUCUUAGAUUUGAGAAAUGCUGAACAAAAAAAAAACAGAAACCUGCUACUCCAUGGUAUGAAGUAGUCAUGCAUUGUAUCCAGAGUUGUUCAAAGUAGAAGUAAACGUACUCUUGCCAAUGUGAUUACAAUACUGGUGGUAUGAUAUUACAUGGUUUCAACUUAAUAAUAUCAUGCUACUCGUGUUGUAAUUACAUCUGUAAAGUACUUGUACUUCUACUUUGUACAACUCUGAUCGUGUCUAUGAGGAUCCUACAGUAUGAACACUUGCAGAAUUAACGAGGGUAGAAGAAGUCCAGUUAUAGCACACCUUCACACGUGCUGUGUGGGAGGAGAGACACUACAGUAGCUUUAGCAGAGGAGACAAAAAAUGUGAGUGUUGUGGUUUGCCAAGGUGAUGACUCUGUAUGCCCCUUACACAGCCUCUCUUUCUUUUUUUCAUUAUUAGUUUGCACAGUUCUCUGUAGCAUCAUUUCAGUUUUGUCAAUUAUUAUAGACAGCAAUGAUGCUGUACGCCUGUACCUCUAUGUAAAGAUUCACACUUGACGUCAAAGCAUAACAAUUAUAUCAUUACCAAGUCAGAUGAUACGAUACGAACUCCACAGAGUUUAGAGUUUAUACUGCACUAGAUGCUCAGAGAACCCACCUUUUAUUAUUAUUAUUAUUAUUAUUAUUAUUAUUAUUAUUAUUAUUAUUAGGCAGUUGUCUUUUGUAAGUAUCGCUGUCUGAGAUACGCACAUGGACAUGGUGUAUUGCCAACAGAUGUGUUGCAAGUAUUCCAGUACAGUGGCCCAGAGUAGGGGUACUUCAGAGAGACAUUAUUGUACGUUUGAUGUUUAAACAACGCCUCAUGGAAAACAUUAUUUCUUAACAUAUACUUGACAUUAAAUGUACUUGUCAACCAUUUCCAUUUUGCAAGUAAUGUGUUGUUCUUUUUUAUUGUUAUUAUUAUUUUACUGCUAUUUCUUCUAAGCUGUGUUAUCGCCUAGUAAUGAUAAUGAUAAUGGCAAUGAUCACUGCACAUUAUCAUCAUUAUUGUUACUGAUAUGUCUGUUGAUUGAUUAUUAUUUGAUUGAGUUAUAUAAUUGGACUAAUCAGCUUGAACUACACAAUUCUUCCAACUUUCAUUGUGUUUUUUCAUUUUUUUUGUAAGAUGUGUUUCAUUAUUGAAGGAACUUGUAGUAUGUAAUAAUAUAGUUGCUACAGAUGGUUACAGGAAAUUAAAAAAAUGUUUAAAUCCGA